AUGGGCCAGACACUUUCUGAGCCUGUUGUCGAGAAGGCUUCAGAGAAUGGCGGAGACGAGCGACUACUCUAUGGCGUGUCGGCCAUGCAGGGCUGGCGCAUCAGCAUGGAGGACUCUCACACGACAGUACUCGACCUGCUCGCUGGCACUAAGGCUGCCAAGGACCACAGCUCGAAACUCUCCUUCUUUGGCGUCUUUGAUGGCCACGGCGGCGACAAGGUAGCACUGUUUGCGGGCGACAACAUUCACAACAUUAUUGCGAAGCAGGAUACAUUUAAAGCCGGCAACUACGAACAGGCUCUCAAGGAUGGCUUUUUGGCGACCGACAGAGCUAUUCUCAACGAUCCCAAAUACGAGGAGGAAGUGUCCGGCUGCACUGCCUGCGUGGGCCUGAUUACGGAAGACAAGAUCUAUGUUGCGAACGCUGGUGACUCGAGAGGCGUCUUGGGCGUAAAGGGCCGGGCGAAGCCCCUUUCUUUUGACCACAAACCACAGAACGAAGGCGAAAAGGCGCGAAUUACGGCUGCAGGUGGCUUUGUCGACUUUGGCCGUGUCAACGGGAACCUGGCCCUGUCAAGAGCCAUUGGUGAUUUCGAAUUCAAGAAGAGCGCCGAGCUCGCGCCAGAACAACAAAUCGUGACAGCUUAUCCGGACGUUGUGGUUCAUGACCUGGGCGACGACGAUGAGUUCCUCGUGCUUGCUUGUGACGGCAUCUGGGAUUGUCAGUCUUCCCAAGCCGUUGUCGAAUUCGUCAGGCGUGGAAUCGCUGCCAAGCAGGAUUUGGACAAGAUCUGCGAGAACAUGAUGGACAACUGCCUGGCCUCCAACUCGGAGACGGGAGGCGUCGGCUGCGACAACAUGACCAUGAUCAUUGUCGCUUUCCUCAGGGGACGGACCAAGGAAGAGUGGUAUGAGGAGAUUGCCCGGCGGGUUGCCAACGGAGACGGUCCUUGUGCCCCGCCCGAAUAUGCUGAGUUCCGCGGCCCCGGCGUGCAUCACAACUUUGAUGAUAGUGACAGCGGGUAUGAUGUCGAAGAGAACAAGCAAGGUGGUGGCGCUGGCAGAAGCUUCGGCAUCGGUGGUUACAAGGGCCGCAUCAUCUUCCUGGGCGAUGGGACCGAGGUGCUGACCGACUCAGACGACACUGAGAUGUUUGACAACUCGGAGGAGGAUAAGGAUCUCGCAAGCCAGGUGUCCAAAGCGUCGUCAGUCGAGGGCGGCGAAGCUGCUGCCGGGAAGGAGCAGGAGAAGAAGCCCGAGCCAACGCCAGAGGCUGCGGGGAAACCUAGCGGCGAGGCGGAGAUGAAGAAGGACGCUUAA